UGUGUAUGGUCUAUCGGAGGCAGCUGACCUUUGAGGAGGAAAUCGCUGCUCUCUGCUCCUUCCUGUAGUAACAGCCGCCGCCGCAGCCGCCAGGAGCCCGGGCCGGGAGCGAGAGCCGCGGGCGCAGAGCCGGCCCCGCCGCCGGACGGCUCGGUGCCACCAGGUGAACGGACAUGGCGGGCUGGAUCCAGGCCCAGCAGCUGCAGGGAGAUGCACUGCGCCAGAUGCAGGGGCUGUACGGGCAGCACUUCCCCAUCGAGGUCCGGCACUACUUGGCGCAGUGGAUCGAGAGCCAGCCGUGGGAUGCCAUUGAUCCGGAAAAUCCCCAGGACCAAGCCCAGGCCACCCAGCUCCUGGAGGGCCUGGUGCAGGAGCUGCAGAAGAAGGCCGAGCACCAAGUGGGGGAAGACGGGUUCUUACUGAAGAUCAAGCUGGGGCACUACGCCACGCAGCUCCAGAACACGUAUGACCGCUGCCCCAUGGACCUGGUGCGCUGCAUCCGGCACAUUCUGUACAACGAGCAGAGGCUGGUCCGAGAAGCCAACAACGGCGCCUCUCCCGCCGGGACCCUGGUGGACGCCAUGUCCCAGAAACACCUGCAGAUCAACCAGACGUUCGAGGAGCUGAGACUGGUCACGCAGGACACGGAGAACGAGCUGAAGAAGCUGCAGCAGGCCCAGGAGUUUUUCAUCAUCCAGUACCAGGAGAGCCUGCGGAUCCAGGCUCAGUUUGCCCAGCUGGCCCAGCUGAACCCCCAGGAGCGUCUGAGCCGGGAGACGGCCCUGCAGCAGAAGCAGGUGUCCCUGGAGGCCUGGCUGCAGCGGGAGGCCCAGACGCUGCAGCAGUACCGCGGGGAGCUGGCCGAGAAGCACCAGAAGACCCUGCAGCUGCUGCGGAAGCAGCAGACCAUCAUCCUGGACGACGAGCUGAUCCAGUGGAAGCGGCGGCAGCAGCUGGCCGGGAACGGAGGGCCCCCUGAGGGCAGCCUGGACGUGCUGCAGUCCUGGUGUGAGAAGUUGGCUGAGAUCAUCUGGCAGAACCGGCAGCAGAUCCGCAGAGCUGAGCACCUCUGCCAGCAGCUGCCCAUCCCCGGCCCCGUGGAGGAGAUGUUGGCUGAGGUCAACGCCACCAUCACAGACAUCAUCUCGGCCCUGGUGACCAGCACCUUCAUCAUCGAGAAGCAGCCCCCGCAGGUCCUGAAGACCCAGACCAAGUUCGCGGCCACGGUGCGGCUGCUGGUGGGCGGGAAGCUGAACGUGCACAUGAACCCGCCCCAGGUGAAGGCCACCAUCAUCAGCGAGCAGCAGGCCAAGUCGCUGCUCAAGAACGAGAACACCCGCAACGAGUGCAGCGGCGAGAUCCUGAACAACUGCUGCGUGAUGGAGUACCACCAGGCCACCGGCACGCUCAGCGCCCACUUCCGGAACAUGUCCCUAAAGCGGAUCAAGCGUGCUGACCGGCGGGGUGCGGAGUCCGUGACGGAGGAGAAGUUCACGGUCCUGUUUGAGUCUCAGUUCAGCGUAGGCAGCAACGAGCUCGUGUUCCAGGUGAAGACCCUGUCCCUUCCCGUGGUCGUCAUUGUCCACGGCAGCCAGGACCACAAUGCCACCGCCACCGUGCUGUGGGACAACGCCUUCGCCGAGCCGGGCAGGGUGCCGUUUGCCGUGCCUGACAAGGUGCUGUGGCCGCAGCUGUGCGAGGCGCUCAACAUGAAGUUCAAGGCCGAAGUGCAGAGCAACCGAGGCCUCACCAAGGAGAACCUCGUGUUCCUGGCGCAGAAGCUGUUCAACAGCAGCGGCAGCCACCUGGAGGACUACAGCGGCAUGUCCGUGUCCUGGUCCCAGUUCAACCGGGAGAACUUGCCGGGCUGGAACUACACCUUCUGGCAGUGGUUCGACGGGGUCAUGGAGGUGCUGAAGAAGCACCACAAGCCCCAUUGGAAUGACGGGGCGAUCUUGGGCUUCGUGAAUAAGCAGCAGGCCCACGACCUGCUCAUCAACAAGCCCGACGGGACCUUCCUGCUGCGGUUCAGCGACUCGGAGAUCGGCGGCAUCACCAUCGCCUGGAAGUUCGACUCCCCUGACCGCAACCUGUGGAACCUGAAGCCGUUCACCACGCGGGAUUUCUCCAUCCGCUCCCUGGCCGACCGGUUGGGGGACCUGAGCUAUCUCAUCUACGUGUUCCCCGACCGGCCCAAGGACGAGGUCUUCUCCAAGUACUACACUCCCGUGAUCGGUAAAGCAAUGGACGGAUACGUGAAGCCACAGAUCAAGCAAGUGGUCCCUGAGUUUGUGACGUCCGCAGACUCUGCUGGGGGCAGCGCCACCUACAUGGACCAGGCCCCCUCCCCCGCCGUGUGUCCCCAGGCGCAUUACAACAUGUACAACCCACAGAACCCCGACCCGGUCCUUGACCAGGAUGGAGAAUUCGACCUGGACGAGACCAUGGACGUGGCCCGGCACGUGGAGGAGCUGCUCCGCCGCCCGAUGGACAGUCUGGACCCCCGCCUGUCCCCGCCGGACGGGCUCUUCACCUCCGCCCGAGGCUCGCUCUCCUGAGCGUGCGGGUCCCACACCGCUCUUUGGAAGCAAGACUCCUGUGAGGGGUUCGUUUUCGUGUUGAUUUUAGCGUCGCUCUGCAUAUUGGUGCCUUUGCAGACAGCACGCGUGUGCGUGCACACGUGUGUGCGUCUGCGUGAGAGGUGUGCCCGCCUUGCCUUGCCUUCGAGGUCCCGGGUGUGUGGCUGCAGCCGCCACUGCCACAGCCACCUUUUUCUCGGAUCACGUUAUUCCAAGAGCCCCCUGGGCCUGUCUCCUGCAGAAGCAGCGGAGCUGCUUCUGCCGUGUGGGGUACUCAGGGCAGGGCCCCCCACCAUGCCCCCAGCCCUGCCAGGGCCCUCCUCUAUUCAACAGCUAUGUGAACAAAAUUAUUCAAGAAGGGGGACAGAGACAGGUCACGCCUGUAAGCUUUACUCCUAACUUAGAAGCUUUGCCUCCCAAGCGUGCGUGUGCGUGUUCUCACGCACACGUGUUGGUCUGUUGCUUCUCCCCUCAGGAGGGAGGUGGGGGUUCAGUUCUGAGUAGUACUUUAUGCUUUAUCUAAUGACUCUGGACUCCAGGCUUUUUGUGGACGGAGAGCUUAUCUAGGUCAUGGCCAUGUCCCUAACGCAGCAGAAAUGGGUCAUUUGAGACGGGCCUGUCAAAGCUGCCCUGGGCAUGUCAUUUCACGGCCUUCCGGCGCCCCCCCAACCCCCACCUGCAGCGUAAUGUUGUUGCCCACGUUCCCGCUACGCCCCGGUCCCGCCUAAUAUUCCCUCCCUUCCACGGGGCCCCAGCCUUCUUUCCCCGCCUCUCUGGCUUACACGAGAGGGGAAGAGAGAGGUCCUGGGCGUCGUCGUGGGUGGAGGGCACCCAGGACUGGCAGGGCAGACCCCCUCCGAUUCAGGAAACACCCUGCAGCGAGAGACGGCAGCAACGCCUGGA